AUGCUGGAGAUUCAAAUCGGGCAGAUAGCUGAAGCUAUGAAGCUAAAGCAAAAAGGAAUGUUGCUUGGGAUAGUCGAGACUGUCCCGAACCAAGAAAAUGCCAUCGAAACAAGGGGAGGGAAGCACAAUCACCACCGCUGCCAGACAAAGAUUCCAUCUGAGGAAGAAGGUCCAUCCCAACCUCGAACGAUACCAGCCGCUCGGGUGCCUGAACCGAAGGAAAAGGGUUCCGCUCAGCCCUUGGCUCGAGUCCCCUUUCCCACACGACUUGGGAAGAAGGACAACUCCAAGGAAUUUGAUAAGUUUGUGCACACUUUUUGUAGUCUUCAAAUUACUAUACCGUUUGCUGAUGCUUUGUCACAGAUGCCACAUUACGCUAAGUUUAUCAAAGAUAUAAUCAACCGAAAGCGGGCAUUCCCUGAUGAAGCGGCAGCGGUGCAACUGGAGAGUGUGUGCAGCGCCGUAUUUAAGGAGGACCUCCCAAAGAAACUCAGCGAUCUUGGGAGUUUUAUUAUUAUUUGUACCAUAGGAAAUUUAGAGCCGAUUUGGGCAUUAUGUGAUCUAGGCGCAACAUUGCGUCAACCUCAGGAAGAAAACUGUGAUUUUAUCAAUGCGUUAAAUGAAAUAUCAACUUUUGAGAACUUUAUUACACUUGAAAAUCUGGAAGGAAUUUCAGAUAACGGGUUGUUUGAGCUGGAAGAUGAAGAAAAUUCAGUUGAGGCAAGUGAGGAGACACCAGCGCUCACUGAAUUCAUCGAACGAGCUAACAGGGAACCAGCCAGCGACACCAACAUAAAGGACGAGUUGAAGAAAUUACCUGAGCACCUCAAAUACAUAUUUCUUGGCCCGGAGGAGAGUUACCCGCUGAUAAUCUCCGCCUCACUAUUGCCGGACCAAGAGGCUCAGCUCGUCUCAUUGCUCAAAAGAAGACAAGCGGCAUUUGCAUGGAAGAUCACAGACAUCAAAGGAAUCAGCCCAGCGGUGUGCAUACACCAUAUUAGGCUGGACGCUGACGCUAAACCAUGCAGACAGCCUCAGCGGCGACUUAAUGAAAAUAUGCAAGAGGUAGUCCCCAAGAAAAGAGGUUUUGUCGAACAGACAAGCGACGAAGGGAAGGUCUUCAUGACAAGACCUGUCACUGGAUGGAGGGUCUGCAUCGACUACAGAAGAUUGAAUUCCGCCACGAAGAAGGACCAUUUCCCGCUUCCCUUCCUUGAUCAAUGCCUUGAGAAGCUCGCAGGUCACGAAUAUUACUGUUUCCUCGAUGGCUACUCAGGCUACCAUCAAAUUCCCAUCAAACCGGAGGACUCUGAGAAGACCACAUUUACUUGUCCAUAUGGGACCUUCGCUUACAGAAGGAUGCCGUUCGGGCUCUGCAACGCUCCGGCCACCUUCCAGCGAUGUAUGUGCCAUAUCUUCAGCGAUCUCCUGGACUCCUGUAUUGAAGUUUUCAUGGAUGACUUCUCGGUAUAUGGUAAGACAUUUUCCAGAUGCCUGAACAAUCUGGAAAAAGUACUUCUCCGCUGCAUUGAAACUGAUCUCGUGCUGAACUGGGAGAAGUGUCAUCUCAUGGUAAAUGAAGGAAUUGUCUUAGGCCAUAAGAUCUCAUAUACCGGUAUAGAGGUGGAUAGAUCAAAAGCUUUCCGCGUGUUGAAGGAGAAGCUGACCUCCGCUUCGAUAAUUUCAGCACCAGUGUGGAGUGAGCCAUUCGAGCUGAUGAUGGAUGCGAGCGACUAUGCCGUCGGCAUUGUGCUAGGACAACAGAAGAAUUACACUACAACCAAGAAGGAGCUGCUAGCUAUUGUCUCCGCUUUCGAAAAAUUCAGACAGUAUCUUAUCGGAAGCAAGACCAUUGUUCACACUGACCAUGCAACUAUUAAGUAUUUGAUGGAGAAGAAGGAGACAAAGGCCCGCUUGAUUAUAUUGGUUCUGUUACUCCAAGAAUUUGACAUAGAGAUCAAGGAUAAGAAGGGGAAGGAGAAUCAUGUGGCAGAUCACCUCAGUAGGUUAAGGCAAGAAGAGGACAUAUCUCCAGGAAUCAACAAACAAUUCUCAGAUGAGAAGCUGUUCCUGGAAAAGAAGAGAUUGCUCAGUUUGGCAAAGGACUAUUUUUGGGAUAAACCCUAUUUGUUUAACAUCGGCACAGAUAGGAUAAUCCGUCGCUGUGUAGCGGAAUCUAGGAUCCCGCUGAUCUUGAAUGAAUGUCAUGGGUCCCAUGUAGGAGGGCAUUUCACUGGCUUGCGCACAACAGCUAAAGUUUAG